UAAGUUUUUUGUGCCUCUUACUGACCUCACUACUAUGGCCAGUCUUCUAAGGUCUUCACUGGAGCUCUAUGUGAGUGUGAGGUUGUGGAUAUUCUCAGUUUACCUGGAAGACAACUCGAGUGACCAUGAAAGACACCAGGCUGACAGCACUGGAAAGUGAUGCACCAACUGUCUUCAGAACAGUCUGGUAGUGGCCCUAAUGAAGAGCUGUCCAAGCCUUUAGCACACGUCCUGGAGCCUGCACAGCAUAGUUGAGUGAGAGAAUGGCCCAGCUAGCCAACAUUGGGGAACUACUCUCCAUGCUGGACUCUCCCACACUGGGCUUGCGGGAUGACGUGACAACCAUCUUUAAGGAGUCCCUCAAUUCUGAACGUGGGCCUAUGCUUGUGAACACCUUGGUGGAUUACUAUCUGGAAACAAAUUCUCAGCCGGUAUUGCACAUCCUGACCACCUUGCAAGAGCCGCAUGAUAAGCACCUCUUGGAUAAAAUUAAUGAGUAUGUAGGCAAAGCCUCCACCCGUUUAUCUAUCCUCUCGCUGCUGGGGCAUGUUGUGAGACUACAGCCAUCUUGGAAGCAUAAGCUCUCUCAAGCACCUCUUCUGCCUUCUUUAUUGAAAUGUCUCAAGAUGGACACUGAUGUUGUGGUCCUCACAACUGGUGUCUUAGUGUUGAUCACCAUGCUACCGAUGAUCCCACAGUCAGGGAAGCAGCAUCUUCUUGAUUUCUUUGACAUCUUUGGCCGUCUCUCGUCAUGGUGCCUGAAGAAACCAGGCCAUGUGACAGAAGUCUACCUUGUCCAUCUCCAUGCCAGUGUUUAUGCCCUCUUUCAUCGCCUCUAUGGAAUGUACCCUUGUAACUUCGUCUCCUUCCUGCGCUCUCACUAUAGUAUGAAGGAAAACGUGGAGACUUUUGAAGAAGUUGUCAAGCCUAUGAUGGAGCAUGUACGAAUUCAUCCGGAAUUAGUGACUGGAUCCAAGGACCAUGAACUGGACCCUCGAAGGUGGAAGACAUUAGAAACUCAUGAUGUUGUAAUAGAGUGUGCCAAAAUCUCUCUGGACCCUACAGAAGCCUCGUAUGAAGACGGCUAUUCUGUGUCUCACCAGCUCUCUGCCUGCCUCCCUCACCGUUCAGCUGAUGUCACCACCAGCCCUUAUGUAGACACACAGAAUAGCUAUGGGGGCGCUACUUCCACCCCUUCCUCCACUUCUCGACUGAUGUUGUUCAGUCCAGCUGGGCAGCUACCUCAGAGUCUGAGUUCCCCAUCAACACGGCUGUUACCUGAGCCGCUGCAAGCUACUCUCUGGAGCCCAUCUAUGGUUUGUGGUAUGACCACUCCUCCUACGUCUCCUGGAAAUGUCCCACCUGACUUGUCACACCCCUACAGUAAAGCCUUUGGGACCACGGGUGGAAAAGGAACUCCUUUGGGAACCCCGGCAACCUCUCCUCCUCCAGCCCCGCCCUGUCCCCCAGAUGACUGUGUACAUGGGCCAGCCUCCCAGGCCACAGCUGCACCCCCCAGGAAGGAAGAAAGAGCAGAUUCCUCAAGGCCUCACCUGCAGAGACAGCCUUAUCUUCUAAAUGACCGAGGACUAGAGGAUUUGCCUUCAAGCAAAGGUUCUGUUACUCUGGGGAAUCUAUCAGAUUUCCUAGGUGACCUGGCUUCUGAGGAAGACAGUAUUGAGAAAGAUAAGGAAGAAGCUGCAAUAUCUAAAGAACUUUCUGAGAUCACCACUGCAGAGGCGGAUCCUGUAGUUCCUCGAGGGGGCUUUGACUCUCCCUUCUACCGAGACAGUCUCUCUGGUUCUCAGCGGAAGACUCAUUCGACAGCCUCUGGGACUCAGGGCUCCAGCAUCAACCCUGAGACUUUGCACUCCUCUCUGGACAAACAUGGGCCUGACACACCAAAGCAAGCCUUUACUCCUAUAGACCCACCCUCUGGCAGUGCUGAUGCCAGUCCCGCUGGGGACAGAGAUCGCCAGACUUCUCUGGAAACCAGUAUCCUCACUCCCAGCCCUUGCAAAAUUCCACCUCAGAGAGGAGUGAGCUUUGGAAGUGGUCAGCCUCCCCCAUAUGAUCAUCUCUUUGAGGUGGCCUUGCCAAAGACUGCCUGUCACUUUGUCAGCAAGAAGACUGAGGAGCUGCUGAAGAAAGUGAAAGGGAACCCUGAGGAAGACUGUGCGCCCUCUACCUCCCCAAUGGAAGUACUGGACAGACUGAUAGAGCAGGGAGCAGAUGCGCACAGCAAGGAGCUGAGCAAGUUGUCCUUACCCAGCAAAUCUGUUGACUGGACCCACUUUGGAGGCUCUCCUCCCUCAGAUGAGAUCCGCACCCUCCGAGACCAGUUGCUUUUACUGCACAACCAGCUGCUGUAUGAGCGGUUCAAGCGGCAGCAGCACGCCCUCAGGAACAGAAGGCUCCUGCGCAAGGUGAUCAGGGCAGCCGCUCUGGAGGAGCACAACGCGGCCAUGAAAGAUCAGUUGAAGUUACAAGAGGAAGACAUCAAGAUGUGGAAGGUGAGUCUUGAGAAAGAACAAACUCGAUACAGUCAGCUUCAGGAACAGCAUGACACCAUGGUGACCCAACUGCACAGCCAGAUCAGACAGCUGCAGCAUGACCGGGAAGAAUUCUACAACCAGAGCCAGGAGUUACAGACAAAACUGGAGGACUGCAGGAACAUGAUUGCAGAGCUGCGGGCAGAGCUGAAGAAGGCCAACUACAAGGUGUGCCACACUGAGCUGCUGCUCAGCCAGGUUUCUCAGAAGCUCUCCAAUAGUGAGUCGGUGCAGCAGCAGAUGGAGUUCUUGAAUAGGCAGCUUCUGGUACUCGGGGAGGUCAAUGAGCUGUACUUGGAGCAGCUGCAAAGCAAGCAUCCUGACACCACCAAGGAAGUAGAAAUGAUGAAAACUGCAUAUCGGAAAGAACUAGAAAAGAACAGAAGCCAUCUUCUCCAGCAGAACCAGAGGCUGGAGGCCUCACAGAAGCGAGUGGUGGAACUGGAAUCACUUCUGGCCAAGAAAGACCACCUUCUCCUAGAACAGAAGAAAUACCUUGAGGAUGUCAAGAGCCAGGCGAGUGGACAGCUGCAGGCUGCAGAGAGCAGGUAUGAGGCUCAGAAGAAGAUCACUCGGGUGUUGGAACUGGAGAUUCUAGACUUGUACGGCAGGUUGGAGAAAGAUGGCCGCCUACGGAAACUAGAAGAGGACAAAGCAGAAACAGCAGAAGCAGCAGAAGAGAGGCUUGACUGUUGUAGUGACGGCUGCUCAGAUUCCUUGAUAGGGCAUAAUGAAGAGGCUUCUGGCCACAACGGUGAGACCAGGCCCUCCAGGCCUAGUGGUACCCGGGUCAGCUGUGGAGGCAGAAGCACUGGCGGCAGCAGCAGCAGCAGCAGUGAGCUUUCCACUCCAGAGAAACCCCCGAGCCAGAGGUUCAGCAGCCGCUGGGAAACCACUGUGGGUGAGCCCUCCAGCAGCAUCCCCACUGUUGGCUCACUUCCCAGUUCCAAAAGCUUCCUGGGCAUGAAGGCCCGGGAACUGUUCCGUAAUAAGAGUGAAAGCCAGUGUGAUGAGGACGGUGUGACCAGCAGUAGCCUUUCUGAGACACUAAAGACGGAACUGGGCAAAGACUCAGGCAUGGAAAACAAGACUCCCUUUAAUCUAGAAGCCUCACACCCAUCUUCCCCAAACUCGGACAGUGUGGGGCAGCUCCACAUCAUGGACUACAAUGAGACUCAUCACGAGCACAGCUGAGGGGGUCUGUCAGUGUUAAUUUGCGUCUUUGUCAGCACAGAUCAGGAGGUGUGAAUGCACGUUCUAGGCUUUUCUGUUUUCAGGGUCUGAGCGGCUGCUUGUGCAGUGGGAAUGGGACAGAGGUCCUUUUGACAGCUGGCGGAAUGUGGGAUGAUGGUUUUUGGGUCUGGCAUUGAGAUGCUUUCCUUCACCCCACCCCAGCCUCUUUCCUUUACCUAGCAGUAUGUACUAAUUGAGGGCCUGUGUGUGUCCCUUGUAGCUUUAUUUUCUUCCUUCCUCCCACCAAAUGGCUGUGUCCUUUGAACCUGUGCAAUAUGAGGCCAAAUUUCAUCUUUGGGUCCAACACACCACUCUGCUUUCCUGAGGUGCAGAUAGAUAGGUGGCUCUUGGGUAGACCAGGCAGUUAGUGGCACUGCAGGUAAGUCCAGUUUUGUCCCUUCCAGGAGGAUGUAGCCUACAAAGUAAAUUGUCUUUACAGGAGCGUUUCCACUGCUCUUUUAGAUGCUGAAGUUUGACAUCUAAAGCCACAGAUGGAGAGAAACUGACUCUUUCACCUCUGCCUUCUUUCAGAAGCUUGGAUAUGCUUCCUAGAAGGCUCUGUGAGAAUACCAGUUGUUCUGAUAGUGUAGUUGGCACUGUGGAGGCCACACUGCCUUACUCUCUGGAAAGCUCUUACCCCUCUCCCCCACUACCUCUUAUUUAUUUGGUAUUUGCUUGAAUGCUGGCACCAUGCUGCCUGUGGGUGGUUGUGUAGGUGGUCGUUCUGCAGUCCGCAGAUCGUGGGGAGUGGUCACUAGGAGAGGCACCCAGGAUACUCAUGCACAUGUGGAAGUGUGCCUUUGGCUGGCCCCAUCCAGCUGAGCCACGUUUCCACCCUUCAGUCUGUUUGCCUCUCCUUGUCCAUUUCUCUGAUUACCAGCUGCUUUGUGAUUCUGCAGCAGACAGGCUCAGAAGAGUCAGAAUUUCCUUAGAGUUUAUGUGACGAUUGUUCUCCGGCUGGGAAUGCCUCACUAUAGUAGGUUCUAGUAGCUUUUUUACACCAAUUCUGACUUUGCAGGAGAGAGUCCUCCUGGAGCUUCAUGUCAAACACUUCUGUUGGGAACAGCAGAGCGACUCAGAGUCUGGGAGGGUUGAUGGAGGUUGAUAGCCUGUACCACUGCCUUCCCUCAUGCUCAUGAGAGGUGACAUGUGUUCCAUCAGAACAAGGUGGUGGCAGAGAGCCCAAGCUCGACCAAUGCUCCUGAAAUAAAUGCUGGAAGUGUAAGAGUUGUUGCCUGAUAUUCUGGACCAGGCAAGGAGACACUUGGGAAGGAGCCAAGAGCUUGGUUUUCUUGUUUCUAUUCUAUCUAGUGUAUAAAGAACAGAAGGGUGUAGCUACAACAAAGGUAAAAGAAAACUAAUGGUAUGAAAUUUUAUUGCAUGUGGAAGUUUCCAGCCUGAGGAUGAACGUCUUUUUUUUUUUUUUUUUUUUUUGUUUUUUCGAGACAGGGUUUCUCUGUGGUUUUGGAGCCUGUCCUGGAACUAGCUCUUGUAGACCAGGCUGGUCUCGAACUCACAGAGAUCCGCCUGCCUCUGCCUCCCAAGUGCUGGGAUUAAAGGCGUGCGCCACCACCGCCCGGCAUGAACGUCUUUUUUAAAGUGUGGCAGUAAUUAUCCUAGAUUCCCUGAGUAAGGUGAGACUCGUCACCAUGGCAGUACUGGCUGGAGACCUGUUAGGGCCGUAUCUUUGCCAUAGCUAGCCCACAGAAAGACAACGCCACUGACUUCUCGGACCAGCAGAGGGCAGCAAUUGCCCCUUGACGAUAAUGCCAUGCUUUUCAUUUAGGUCUGCCCAGAGGAAGGCUGAAAGCCUAGUGUUCUCUCACCUGAUCCAUUGUAGAAAAGGGCAGAUGAACAGACUGGGAAAAAGAUCUCACAGUUAAUGGAGAAACGCUGCUCCUAAGAACCCCCCUUCCCCCGCCGCCACAUACACACAAGAUCUGUGCCAGAGAACCAAGCCUUUUUCCAGUAGAAAGAAAACUUACAGGCUGCACAAGUGCUGAAGUUGAGGGAGAGGAGACAGCAGCAUGGUAGACUGAGGUACAGGCUGGAGCUCUGUACCCAGUGACGGAACCUGAGCAUCCUGUGUGGCUUGAGUUCUAGAAGGCUGUUGAGGCAUUUUUUUUUUUUUUCCAACGAAGGUUGGGGGACUGACCUGAAAUCAUCUUGAAGGUGCCCAGCCUAAACAUUUACUCUUUCCAAAGGAUUUGAGAAUCUGUGGGUGGAAGCUUCUGUUUAUAGGGCAGUGACAGAGCAUCCAGGGAUCAGUGGGUCACCUGAUGCUGCUGCAGUCAGGAGGGAAACUUCUGAAAGGCAGCUGUGGUGUAGGCCAAGGUAUGGAGCAGUAGGCGUCAUGGGCAGCCUGGUAUGUGUGAAUGCUGAGCUUGAAUGACUCCAUCCUUAGUCACUUGGAGUCUGUGCUGUGCUUGUCAGUGGGACCCAGGGAGACUGGAGGCUAAGUCUCCUGCAGUCUGGAAUCUGUUAAAAGCAGCAGUACAAUGCCACUGGAGUGGAAGAGCAGGUCAGUGCCUGGGAGAGGAACUAAGCACGCAUCUGUCUGAGAACUUGCUUUAGGAGCAAGAGCAACAUGACCGUGAGCAUGAGGGGCAGGCUCUAAAUGGCAUCCCCCGAGCAGGCGAAUGCUGACCUUGAUAGCUUUGCUGACCCUUUCAGGAGGAAAGUCUAUUCAAUUUUCUGGACUAAGCUGCAGAAGCUUCUAACUAUUUGUGACAUGGUUGGCAGGGAGUCACUCUUCUUAGAAGGCAAACUCAAAACCCAGGAAAAGUCCUGGAAGCCACAGGUGGUUAAAAAAAAAAAACCUCCCCAAGCUGCUCUGGCCAGUGACCAGCGCCUCCCUGGGUGGUGGUGGCACCGCAAUUGACAAGACUCAGGGCCACUUGCAGCAUCUGUGGGCUCUAGUGCUCUGAGGAGAAUGAGAGAACGUUAGCAGUUGAGUGGCUGAAGAUGAAAGGACCUGAGAGCAGAGCACAGAGCUCAGGUUGACGGUAGAAAUCGAGCCAUGUGUGGUGUAGUGUGGGACCAGCCAGUAGGGACCUACCACUUGAAGCCAGAAAGAACUAAAGAACAAACAGAAGUACUGUAGUAAGGUGCUCAUCUUCCCGAGCAGUAAAGGUGGGAGACAUUGGGUAAGCUGACAGAGGUGUAGGCAUUGUAUGGCUCAGCCUGCAGCACAUAUGGAGUCUGCCUCAGCCAGAGGCUAGUGGUCCUGCACACCGUUAACUCAAAUGGCAGCCUGCAUCUGCUGCACUUUCACCCCAAGGCUGUAAAUCCACCGCUGUGUACACUGGAAAAUACAUCCAGUGUGAGGGUGUUUGUGUCCUUGUAUACAUCCAGAGAUCAGUGGCAUGUGCCUCCAUCCUCCCUUUACCCCCCCCCCCACCUGCUCCCUACCCCCAGUUUGCUGUAGUCACUGAUUGCCUUGGGUUUAGCCUAUCUGUGUAGGUAAAAAUGGGUACUGGCCCUUGAGCUGCUGCUCUCUGACCCACGUUCCCAUUCAGCGUCCCAGUCUGUGAGCUCCUGGUGUGCCCAGGGGAGCAGUGUUUCUGAUAUCACCCGUGUGUUUAAAUGCGCUGUAGAGAAGCAGCUGCAUCUACAUUGGAAACUGCACCCUGACCACUUUGGGUCUCAGAAUGAAAUUAAUGGGGGCCAAGAAGUGUCCUGCCCUUCCCAGAGCCCCAGUAUUGUCCACCUCUGGAUAAGUGGACUGACUGAGCCACUGGAGCUGGUCUUUGACUAGACCGAUCGCUCUCCCUGUCCCACCUCACAGUGUUGGGAGAUCGUGAUGGUGUGUGUUAGCGCUCUGUCAGGUCAGAGGCAGGCAGGCGUCUUUGCACUAGGAAGAUUCAGUGGUCACCCUUCAUGAGACUGGACCACAAAACACAUUAUGGAGGAGCAGGUUUUGCUAAGACAUAAUUUAGUUUUAUAAUCAAUCAUGGAUUAACCAUAUAUGGCUAACUUGGAGUUUAAGGGUGGGGGAGUUCCCAUCAGUGAAAAAAAUCAGAUUUUUAAAAAUUUUUUAGUUCAGUGGAAGUCACCUCUUCUCAAAAGGUUUAAACUUUCCCACUAUGACCUUAAAAGCAUGUCAAACAAUCCGCAUCGGAUGCCAUAAGUACAGGUUACAGGAGAACAUGGUACAGUCUCAGUGAUUGGAAUCAAAGGUUUGCUGUCCUUAGAAUGUUCUGAAAUGUCAAGGCAGUUGCUUGUGUUUAACUGUGAACAAAUAAAGAUUUAUUGUUUU